GGCGCGUAUAAGACCGCGUAAAACGACUCGACCAACCUGGUCAACACCUCGUCCACUUCCGGAGCGCGCAAUGUACGACUCGUCCUACGCGUCCACCUACUCCGACUCGUCUCUCCCGCGCACUCCGUCCCCCCUCAACCCCGCCGCCGUACAGCUUCCCAUGAAAGGCGCGCUCGACGUGCAGGAGCCCCUCCACUACCACGACCAGUCGAUCAACCACGGCCUCUUCAACGUCGUCGACAACCCCCACGCGAUGCUUCCCGUCGACGACAACGCCGUCCCCUCCGAGUCCUACCGUCCUUCCUGGCAGAAUCCCCCGCGCGGCUCUCUUAUGCAGGAGCUGUACGACGGCGAGUCUGCCGCUCACGCGCGCCGUGGCAUGCACUACAUGGGCCCCCCUCCGAUGCAGCACGGUGGCUGGAACCACCACCUCACCCCUGCGCACGGAAUGCAGGAGCAGCACCACAUGAUGCGCCGCGCGACGUUCCCCUACGUUCGCCACGAUCACCCCCAGAACUUGUACAUGCAGCAGGCGCAUAUGAUGCACCCGCCACACGACAUGUACAUGGACGGCGGUGUUCCCCAGGACGUCGACGUCUACGCGCACCCCCACUCGCAGAUCAAGCUCGAGGACGAGCAGCGGCCCAUGCCCCGCCACAUGAUCAACGGCUACCCAUACCCCCAUCCCCAAUACCCGUACCCCGACAUGGGUCCCAUGUACCAUAUGCACGUACAACACACCGACGACGCCGCGUCGAAGGAGACCCAGUACCUCCGCCGCCGCUGCUUCAACUGCCACACCACCGAGCCCCCGUCCUGGCGACGCAGCACGCUCAACCCGGGCAAGAUCGUCUGCAACAAGUGCGGCCUCUACGAGCGCACGCACUUGCGGCCGCGCCCUCUGCGCUUCGACGAGCUCCGCGCUGGCAGCAAAACCCGCAAGGGUGGCCGCAACGCGAACGGCAAGAGCCCCAAGACGGCGAAGGCCGUCGUGAAGAAGGAGAGCAGGGAGGACCUCGAGGCCGCUGGCAUGCUCACCCGGCGGAGCAGCCAGUCGUCGCUCGGCGCGUCGAGCGAUCUCGACGAGAGCUUGGCUCUCAACUCCCCUACACCCCCGUCGUCCGGGUCCAACCCGGGCUCCAACUACAACUCCCCUCACCUGCCCUCAUAUCCCCUCUCCUCCGCCACAUCCUCUUCUCGCGACUCGCACUCUCCACCCGCGUUGAUCGAGGGUGGCAUCCGCCUUCCCAACGCCUCUCUGACCGACCUCGGUGGCGGGCUCAUGAUGUCGCCUCCGACCAGCCGCUCCGCCGACCACUCCUCCCCGCUGCUGUCCGCCCCGUCUCACGACAACCGCUACCGGUCGUCGUCGCUCUCGCAGCAGAUGGGCUCCGCGGCGGACUACGGCAAGGACGCGUGAGGGCGUCGGUACUUCUUCCCUUUCCUUCCCCUACCGAAAACGACGUGUUCGCGGCGUUUGCUCUACUUCGCGGUGGCCCAUUGCUUAUUUCUAUUGCGCUAUUUAUUUGCGUAUCACGGAAUCCUCAUCGUCUUGGAUAUUCUAUGUCCUGUCCAUUGUGCAUACGCCCCGCGUCACCCACAUACUACCUUUGCUGCUCCUCCCCCUCAAAAUACCACCUCUUUCUCGCUCCUCGCUUUCGCACUUCAUUCCAAGCUCUGUAUAGUUGUUUUACUACUGUAGAUAAUAUUCAAAAGGCGGCGCGACUCUGUACCAAUCACUGGAUGCUUAAUGCUAUGUAUAUAUGGAAAUAUAACGCGGAGGAUAGAACUUCGUUUGUUCGUC